AUGAGUCUAAUGCGUUGUUAUGUGAGAGAUAAAUAUGCAAUCUAUUUGGAUACCUCUAGUGAUAAUGAUGAAGAAGAAAAAUCUUUGCUAAUGUUUACACAACUAUGUUUGGAUGAACGAUUGCGUAUAAUUAGACAACCUGUACCAAGGGAGGUACAGACACGUAGUGUAAUAACGCGUGAUCGAGUGUGGCAUGAUGCCAAAAUGAUGAAUAAUUAUUUUACGCCUGGAACUGGUUAUACCUAUAGACAAUUCAAACAACGUCUAGGCAUGAGGGAAGACUUAUUCGAGAAAUUGUUAGGAAAAUUACUUGAAGUUGAUCCGGAAUGGCAUCAACGUCCGGAUGCAACCGAUGCCACCAUAAUAUACAAGUAUGUAAAAAGAUUUUUCCACCCCGUUUGCAUGACUUUUGGAGAAAGAUAUUUGCGUGAACCCACUCCUGAAGAUGUUCAGAGGUUGCUAGCUGAGAAUGCGGAUCGAGGUUUUCCUGGAAUGCUUGGUAGUGUUGAUUGUAUGCAAUGGCCAUGGAAGAAUUGUCUGGUAGCUUGGAAAGGAACUUACCUGGGUAAAGAUAAAGAGAGUAAUUUGGUAUUACAGGCGGUGGCAUCAUACGAUUUGUGGUUUUGGAAUGCUUUUUUUGGAAUGCCUGGAUCAAACAACGAUUUGAAUGUGUUGGCACACUCACCCCUUUUUCAUAACAUGCUAAAGGGUGUAACACCUCCAUGA